AUGUCUCUCAGCGGAGCCUCUGAACGCAGCGUCCCGGCCACCAAGAUUGAGAUUACCGUGUCCUGCCGGAACCUGCUGGACCUCGACACCUUCUCCAAGUCCGACCCUAUGGUGGUGCUGUACACGCAGAGCCGGGCCAGCCAGGAGUGGAGGGAGUUCGGACGGACCGAGGUGAUCGACAACACACUGAACCCAGACUUCGUGCGCAAAUUCGUCCUUGACUAUUUCUUUGAAGAAAAGCAAAACCUGCGCUUCGAUGUGUACAACGUGGACUCCAAAACCAACAUCUCCAAACCGAAGGAUUUCCUGGGACAAGCGUUCCUGGCCCUGGGAGAGGUGAUUGGAGGCCAGGGUAGCCGUGUAGAGCGACCCCUCACGGGUGUACCAGGCAAGAAGUGUGGGACCAUAUUGCUGACCGCAGAGGAGCUUAGCAAUUGCCGGGACAUUGCUACCAUGCAGCUGUGUGCAAACAAGCUGGACAAGAAGGACUUCUUUGGAAAAUCAGACCCCUUCCUUGUGUUCUACAGGAGCAAUGAGGAUGGCACGUUCACCAUCUGCCACAAGACAGAGGUGGUGAAAAACACACUGAAUCCCGUGUGGCAGCCCUUCAGCAUCCCUGUACGGGCACUGUGCAAUGGAGACUAUGACAGAACAGUGAAGAUUGAUGUGUAUGACUGGGACCGGGAUGGAAGCCAUGACUUCAUUGGUGAGUUCACCACCAGCUACCGGGAGCUGAGCAAGGCCCAGAACCAGUUUACAGUAUAUGAGGUACUUAACCCUCGGAAGAAAUGUAAGAAGAAGAAAUAUGUCAACUCAGGAACUGUGACACUGCUCUCUUUCUCUGUGGACUCUGAGUUCACCUUUGUCGAUUACAUCAAAGGAGGGACCCAGCUGAACUUCACAGUAGCCAUUGACUUCACAGCUUCUAAUGGGAAUCCCCUGCAGCCAACCUCUCUGCACUACAUGAGUCCCUACCAGCUCAGCGCCUAUGCCAUGGCCCUCAAGGCAGUGGGAGAAAUCAUCCAGGACUAUGACAGUGACAAGCUCUUCCCAGCCUAUGGCUUUGGGGCCAAGCUGCCCCCAGAGGGACGGAUCUCCCAUCAGUUCCCCCUGAACAACAAUGAUGAGGACCCCAACUGUGCGGGCAUUGAAGGUGUGCUGGAGAGCUACUUCCAGAGCCUGCGCACAGUGCAGCUCUACGGGCCCACCUAUUUUGCUCCUGUCAUCAACCAGGUGGCCAGGGCUGCAGCCAAGAUCUCUGAUGGUUCCCAGUACUAUGUUCUGCUCAUCAUCACCGAUGGAGUCAUCUCUGACAUGACACAGACCAAGGAAGCUAUUGUCAGUGCCUCCUCACUGCCCAUGUCUAUCAUUAUUGUUGGUGUGGGACCAGCCAUGUUUGAGGCAAUGGAAGAGUUGGAUGGUGAUGAUGUGCGUGUAUCCUUCAGGGGACGCUAUGCUGAGCGGGACAUCGUUCAGUUUGUCCCAUUCCGAGACUACGUCGACCGAUCAGGGAACCAGGUGCUGAGCAUGGCCCGACUAGCCAAGGAUGUGCUGGCGGAGAUCCCGGAGCAGCUGCUGUCCUAUAUGCGCACCAGGGACAUCCAGCCUCGCCCCCCACCUCCUGCCAACCCCAGCUCGACCCCAGCUCCAGAGCAGCCCUAA